CAUAUUUCCUUCCUCCCACUCACUCUCUACUUUUGUUUGCUAAAGUGUUCUCUUUAAAUCCUCAAUUCACCAACUCUGUGCCUCUCCCUCCAUUUGCACAAAACAAAACCACCAAACCCUCAUUUCCCACAUUGGAAAAGUACACCCUCUCUCUCUCUCUCUCUCUAUGUCCCAAUAUUGUCCCUCUCAAUUCUCAUCCUAAUCUCAUUCAUUCAUGGGUAACCCUAAUUAGGUUUUCUUUCUUUACUAGUAGAAGUAGUAUUACUUGAAGCUUAUAUCUAAUCACUGAUCGUAUAUGGACUUUUUGAAAGAAUUGGAAGGAAAGCGAGUUCAUGAUCCUUUUGAAGCGAACAUGGAAACUAAACCUACAGCAAAGUGCAUAUGGGUUCCAGGGCCGGUCAUCGUCGGAGCUGGUCCUUCCGGCUUAGCAGUUGCUGCUUGUCUCAAAGAAAAAGGCAUUCCAAGCUUGAUACUUGAAAGAGCUAACUGCAUAGCUUCGUUAUGGCAGCUCAAGACCUACGACCGUCUCCGGCUUCAUCUCCCCAAGCAAUUCUGUGAGCUCAUACUCAUGCCAUUUCCUUCAGAUUUUCCUACUUACCCAACAAAGCAGCAGUUCGUGGGGUACCUGAAUGCUUAUGCUGAAAAUUUUGAUUUGAAGCCGGCUUUCAACACGACGGUGGUGAGUGCAAGGUAUGAUAAUAGAUAUGGGCUUUGGUUUGUUAAGACUAUGGGAUUGAAAAAUGAGGAGACUGAGUAUGUUUGUCAAUGGCUGAUUGUUGCCACUGGUGAAAAUGCUGAGGAAGUUGUGCCAAAUUUUGAAGGAGUGAGUGAGUUUGGUGGGCCUAUUGUCCACACUGGAUCUUACAAGAGUGGUGAGUUGUUUCGCGGAAAGAAGGUUUUGGUAGUUGGAUGUGGUAAUUCAGGCAUGGAGGUUUGUUUGGAUCUUUGCAACUACAAUGCACGCCCUUCCCUAGUGGUAAAGGAUUCGGUGCACAUCUUGCCGCAAGAGAUACUUGGAAUAUCAACUUUUGGAUUGUCCAUGUGGUUGCUCAAGUGGUUCCCCAUGCGCCUUGUGGAUCAUCUUUUGCUUCUUGUCUCACGCUUCAUGCUCGGCGACACUGCUCGGUUUGGAAUCCACCGUCCGGAGCGUGGCCCUCUUGAGCUCAAGAGCAUGACUGGCAAGACUCCUGUUUUGGACAUUGGCACCCUUGCUAAGAUCAAAACUGGCCACAUCAAGGUUUGCAAGGCAGUAAAGCAACUAAAACAUCAAGCUGUGGAGUUUAUAGAUGGAAGAGUAGAGAAUUUCGACGCCAUCAUAUAUGCAACGGGGUACAGAAGCAAUGUAAUGUCUUGGUUGAAGGAAACGAGCAUGUUUUCUGAAAAAGAUGGGUUGCCUCGGAAGCCAUUCCCAAACGGGUGGAAAGGGGAAUGUGGGUUGUACUCAGUGGGGUUUACACAACGUGGCCUGCUGGGUGCAUCUCUUGAUGCAACGAGGAUUGCAGAGGAUAUUGAGCAUAGCUGGAAAGCUAAGGCCACGCAUUUUAUGACCUUCACUACUUGUGCACCGCCACCGCCACCGCCACCACAACCUGCAACUUUCAAUUAAUUAAUUAGUCAAUUAACUAAGUAAAACAACCUGCGUGCAUAAUUUAUGCAACUGAUGAUGAUGAAGAAUAUCAGAUCAUUAAAAUAAAAAAUAAAAUAAAACAAGUUAAUGAUCACUUCAUGCAGCUGCUUUUGGAGGAGGAAAAAAGUGAAGAGAAAAAGGGUUGUGAAGCGUGGGUACAAAAUAGAAAUUGGUUUUGUGAGAUUUUCCAAUCAUUCAGUUAUUAUAAUAAAACCCUAAAGGUUGUCCGGUGCAACAAAAGCUUAAUGUUUCUUUUGGCCAUUGGGGAGGAGAAACUUUAGCUGUCAUGGAUGUGGUGGUUCUCAUCAUCAAAUGUGUACCUUCACAUCUUGUAAAUUACUACUUUUUAACUUUAGUUUGCUAGAGAUAGGAUUAUAUUAGGAGGAUUAAUGUUUAAUUAAUCAGGAAAGGGUUGGGGUUUCUCAGGUUUGGUUUUCUAGGGUUUAUAUCUUUUAGUAACUGAAUUUAUGAUAUGGUGGUGUGAAAUGUGAAGUAUAAGGUGCAUUUUGUUGUUUGUAUUUGUGAUUGGUGCAUAUAAAAUAUGAUAUUUCAUCAA